AUGAACAAGAACCAAGAUGCCGUCAUCGACAUGUACGAGCAGCUCCCUGUACCCUAUGGACUCGUCCGAUAUGGUGUUGCGCCCGAUCACCCAGAGGUCAAGAACUGUCAAGACACCUUUGAAGACAUUGCCCGCUCACCGCGAUUCAACUACAUUGGCAAUGUCAAGGUCGGCUAUGAUGUGCAGCUAGCAGACAUGAAACCCCAUUACGAUGCUAUUCUAUUCUCGUAUGGCGCAACCGAGGAUAGACAGCUGGACAUCCCCGGAGAGCAUCUGCCAGGCCCAAUCCUUCAUGCUGGUGAGCAGGCUGUCGUCAUCGGCCAAGGAAAUGUUGCACUAGAUGUCGCGCGCAUUUUGUUGAGUCCCGUAGACGCGCUACGCAGUACAGACAUUGCCGAUCAGGCCAUACAGGCGUUGUCCGAGAGUAAGAUCCGGUCUGUGCGCGUCGUUGGUAGACGUGGUCCCAUACAGGCUGCCUUCACCGUCAAAGAAGCCCGUGAGCUUAUGCAAAUACCAUCCGUUGCCUUUGAACCCAUCGAUCGCUCCCUGUAUCCCGCCGAUAUUAAAAAGCUCCCACGCGUCCAGAGACGCAUUGCGGAAGUACUUCUCAAGGGCUCGGUCACUCCUGCACAGCAGGCUACACGGUCAUGGGCGCUCGACUUUAUGCAGGCUCCCAAAGCCAUGCAUGAAGUUGACGGUCAUCUCACCUCAAUAGCAUUCACAAAGCAACAAUUUGUACCUGAUGGCGAUCCCUUCGAUCAGAGGACCCGUGUUGUGUCUACAAAGGAUGAGACGACAAUUGAAGCAUCUUUGGCUUUCAGAUCUGUAGGCUACAAGUCGGCUGCUCUUCCUGGACUCUCAGACAUUGGUGUGCCCUUUGAUGAGAAGCUGGGCAUCAUCCCGAACGACAUGCACGGGCGUGUCAUUACCCCUUCAGCUGGUCCUGGAAACUUGACAGCAGGCCACGUUUCUGGCAUGUACUGCGCAGGGUGGGUUAAACGUGGACCAACUGGUGUGAUUGCAAGCACUAUGCAAGAUGCUUUCUCCUCUGCAGACAUCAUUGCUCAAGACUGGGAGGCUGGUGUGCUCUUUUUGAACGAUACCAACGGUGAAAACAAAGGCACCAAAUCGGGAUGGGAGGCUCUGAGGGCAGCGGUGGAAAGCAAAGGCGUCAGACCGCUCAGUUGGACGGACUGGAAAAAGAUUGAUGAGGCUGAGCGAGAGAAUGGCAAGGCAAAGGGGAAGCGAAGAGAAAAGUUUCAGAGUGUAGAGGAAAUGCUCAGCGUUUUAAGUUCAUAG